AUGCAAUUGAAGGUUGAGCUUACCUUGAUUCAGCAGGGAAAUCGGUCAAUUCCUGAUUACUUGCAUGCGGUCAAGGCAUUGGCUGAUGCAAUCGCCAUUAUUGAUCAUCCGAUUUUGGAUGAUGAUCUAACCCUUUAUGUUUUGAAUGGUUUAUAUCCUAAUUUCAAGGAGAUUGUUGCGCCAAUCCGAGCACGAAACCCUAGGAAGAAAUUCCAAAAUUUCAAUUCGGUUUCUACUGUAUCUGAGAGUUUACAUGCGUCCCCGUUUGUGCUAGUUUCACCUACUCAUGCUCAAAUUGAUGCACAGCCCUUAGGUCAACAUGAGAACCCACCGAAUUAG